GGGCUUCCCCCGCCCGCCCCCAGUGCCGGGCAGCGGCCCAGGGCUCGGCGCGUUCCAUUCCCCCCGCGUCACGGGGUGGGGGGCGCGUCGGAAGCCCUUUGCUCGCUCCAGAGGCGGGACACACACCGCCGUAGUGCCGGUGCCCGGUUAGGCGCGGUGACCCGACAAGCCCGAGCCAGGGAGACAGGGAGAUAGCAGCGGGACGCCUCGGGACAGGGCGGCGCGGGGGGAGGGCGGAGUUGGUAGGUUCCGGAGGGGGCCGGCGAGUGCGGAGCGCGGGCGCCGCGGCUGUCAGUGAGCAGCGGCGGCGCCAGCGGGGACAAGCGCACCCGGAGAGAGGCGCUGCCUCGGGUUGCCGGAGCCGCCGCCUCGGGCUGCUGGAGGAGCCGCCGCCGUCGGGACCCGCCGCCCUCGCCCCGGGCCUCGCAGCGGCGCAGGGCGCGCUCCGGCGGGCGGCAGGUGCAGGGCGCGCCGUUGGAGGGAGGCGGCCGCGCCACCGCCUCGGCGAUGCCGGCGGUGCAGAAAACGGUGUCCGAGAUCCGCUCCCGCGCAGAGGGCUAUGAGAAGACAGAGGAUGUUUCAGAGAAGACUUCCCUAGCUGAUCAAGAGGAAGUGAGAACUAUAUUCAUCAAUCAGCCUCAGCUAACCAAAUUCUGCAAUAAUCAUGUCAGCACUGCAAAGUACAACAUAAUCACAUUCCUGCCAAGGUUCCUUUAUUCCCAGUUCAGAAGAGCUGCUAAUGCAUUUUUUCUUUUUAUUGCAUUGCUUCAGCAAAUACCAGAUGUAUCACCAACAGGCCGCUACACAACAUUGGUUCCUCUCUUAUUUAUUUUAGCUGUAGCUGCAGUGAAGGAGAUAAUAGAGGAUAUUAAAAGACAUAAAGCUGAUAAUGCGGUGAACAAGAAACAGACUCAAGUACUACGAAAUGGUGCCUGGGAGAUUGUCCACUGGGAAAAGGUAGAUGUUGGAGAUAUAGUUAUAAUAAAAGGCAAAGAGUAUAUACCUGCUGACACUGUACUGCUCUCAUCAAGUGAACCACAAGCCAUGUGCUACAUUGAAACAUCUAACUUAGAUGGUGAGACAAACUUAAAAAUUCGACAGGGUUUGCCACUAACAUCAGACAUCAAGGACACAGAAAGCUUGAUGCAACUCUCUGGCAGAAUUGAGUGUGAGAGCCCAAACCGACAUCUCUAUGACUUUGUUGGAAACAUCAGACUGGAUGGGCAUGGUACUGUUCCAUUGGGAUCUGAUCAGAUUCUUCUACGAGGAGCUCAGUUGAGAAAUACUCAGUGGGUUCACGGGAUAGUUGUCUAUACUGGACAUGACACAAAACUUAUGCAGAAUUCAACAAGUCCACCUCUUAAAAUGUCUAAUGUGGAACGAAUUACAAAUAUUCAGAUUUUGAUUUUGUUCUGCAUCCUUAUUGCCAUGUCUUUGAUCUGCUCUAUUGGUUCAGCUAUAUGGAACCGAAGGCAUACUGGAAGAGACUGGUAUCUUGAUCUAAACUAUGGUGGAGCAAGCAACUUUGGAUUGAAUUUCUUGACUUUUAUCAUUCUCUUCAAUAAUCUUAUUCCAAUCAGCUUGUUGGUUACACUUGAAGUUGUUAAAUUUAUCCAGGCAUAUUUCAUAAAUUGGGACAUAGACAUGCACUAUGAGCCUACAGACACUGCUGCAAUGGCUCGUACUUCUAAUCUCAAUGAAGAACUUGGACAGGUCAAAUACAUAUUUUCUGACAAGACGGGUACCCUGACGUGCAAUGUCAUGCAAUUUAAGAAGUGUACUGUAGCAGGAAUUGCAUAUGGCCAUUGCCCUGAGCCUGAGGAUUAUAGUGUUCCUUCAGAUGAUUGGCAAGGCCCACAAAAUGGAGAAGAAAAAACAUUUAGUGACAUAUCAUUACUGGAGAAUCUUCAAAACAACCACCCAACUGCACCUAUAAUAUGUGAGUUCUUGACAAUGAUGGCAGUAUGUCAUACAGCAGUUCCAGAAAGAGAAGGUGAUAAAAUUAUAUAUCAAGCAGCAUCUCCAGAUGAAGGAGCAUUAGUCAGAGCAGCCAGGAAUCUUCGUUUUGUGUUCACUGGAAGGACACCUGACUCAGUAAUCAUUGAAUCUUUGGGACAGGAAGAGAGAUAUGAACUGCUAAACGUCCUGGAAUUUACAAGCACUAGGAAGAGAAUGUCAGUGAUAGUUCGCACACCGUCAGGGAAGUUAAGACUCUACUGCAAAGGAGCUGAUACUGUAAUUUAUGACCGUCUUGCUGAAAGUUCAAAAUACAAAGAAAUCACCUUAAAACAUCUAGAGCAGUUUGCUACAGAAGGCUUAAGAACUCUGUGUUUUGCUGUGGCUGAGAUUUCAGAAAGUGAUUAUCAGGAAUGGUUGGAUGUCUAUCACCGUGCUUCUACAGCUAUACAAAACAGAGUACUCAAACUUGAGGAGAGCUAUGAACUCAUUGAAAAAAAUCUUCAGCUGCUCGGAGCAACAGCAAUUGAAGAUAAACUACAAGACAAAGUGCCUGAAACCAUAGAGACACUCAUGAAAGCAGACAUAAAAAUCUGGAUACUUACUGGGGACAAACAAGAGACUGCCAUUAAUAUUGGUCACUCUUGUAAACUUUUGAGAAAGAACAUGGGACUAAUUGUUAUAAAUGAAGGCUCUCUUGAUGGAACAAGAGAGACACUUAGCCAUCACUGCAGUACUCUUGGUGAUGCUUUAAGGAAGGAAAAUGAUUUUGCUCUCAUCAUUGAUGGUAAAUCUCUGAAGUAUGCUUUGACAUUUGGAGUAAGACAGUAUUUCCUAGACUUGGCUUUGUCAUGUAAAGCUGUUAUUUGUUGCAGGGUAUCACCACUUCAAAAAUCUGAAGUUGUAGAAAUGGUUAAAAAACAAGUUAAGGUAGUAACUCUAGCAAUUGGUGAUGGAGCAAAUGAUGUUAGUAUGAUACAAACAGCACACGUUGGUGUUGGUAUCAGUGGGAACGAAGGUCUACAGGCUGCUAAUUCUUCAGACUACUCAAUUGCUCAGUUCAAGUAUUUGAAGAACUUGCUCUUGGUUCAUGGAGCCUGGAAUUACAACAGAGUAGCUAAAUGCAUCUUAUAUUGUUUCUACAAGAAUAUAGUUCUUUAUAUUAUUGAGGUCUGGUUUGCAUUUGUCAAUGGCUUUUCUGGACAAAUUCUUUUUGAAAGAUGGUGUAUAGGUCUUUACAAUGUGAUGUUUACAGCAAUGCCUCCUCUAACUCUUGGAAUAUUUGAGAGAUCCUGCCGAAAAGAAAACAUGCUGAAAUACCCUGAGUUAUACAAGACCUCCCAAAAUGCACUGGACUUUAAUACUAAGGUUUUCUGGGUUCAUUGUUUAAAUGGCCUCUUCCAUUCAUUCAUUCUGUUUUGGUUUCCACUAAAAGCCCUCCAGCAUGGUACUGUAUUUGGCAAUGGCAAAACUUCUGAUUACCUGCUCCUGGGUAACACUGUAUACACUUUUGUGGUUCUGACUGUGUGUUUGAAGGCUGGAUUAGAGACCUCAUAUUGGACUUUGUUCAGCCAUAUAGCAAUCUGGGGAAGCAUUGCACUUUGGGUAGUGUUUUUUGGAAUCUACUCUUCUUUGUGGCCAGUCAUUCCUAUGGCACCGGAUAUGUCAGGAGAGGCAGCUAUGAUGUUCAGCUCUGGAGUGUUUUGGAUGGGACUUCUGUGUAUUCCUAUGACAGCUUUACUUCUUGAUAUAGUAUACAAAGUAGUAAAGAGAGCUACUUACAAGACACUGGUAGAUGAAGUUCAGGAGUUGGAAGCAAAGUCUGAGGAUCCUGGCGCAGUUGUGCAUGGCAAGAGCUUAACUGAAAGAGCCCAGCUACUGAAGAAUGUUUUUAAGAAGAACCAUGUGAACUUGUAUCGCUCUGACUCUUUGCAACAAAACUUGCUUCAUGGCUACGCCUUUUCUCAAGAUGAAAACGGGAUUGUUUCCCAGUCUGAAGUCAUAAGAGCUUACGAUACCACAAAGCAGAGACCCGAGGAAUGGUGAAGGAGCACAGCUGGACAUCUAGGCCUUAGUUGUUACUUUUGUGAGACAGGCUGCUAGAUCUUUGCUGGGAGCUGUGACCAUGGUCCAGUUAUCAGACAUUGAAAGAUCUAUGAUGGUCUUGUUCCAUAAAGUUUGGAUUUGUGUAUUCAGUAGACAUAAGCACUGUGCAACUAUACUGUAACACACCAUCUCUAAAUUUUUAACGAGUAUUUGCUUAGCCUUUGUAAACAGAUUGGAAUUUACCUUGUAUCUUGCCAGCUUGCUUAUUUUACAAUGAAAUUGGAUCAAUACUGGUCAUACACUGGAAGGGCAGUGGUCGGAUUGCUAAAUGUACUUUACAUUGACAGAUCAACUAGCAUCUGUGAAGGUUUUUAAGUGUUAAUAUAUUUAAAUACAUUUGAUAACAAGCCUUUGAUUUCAACAAGUGCUGAAAAAAACCCAGUAUCUUAAUGGUGUUAAUUCACCUUCUUUAAGAAAGAUUUUGAGUCAAGAUGCUCAUAGGUGUUUGUGUCAAACUAAUCUAAAAACAUUUGCCAAAGAAGUUCCAUAAAUGUCUUCUGUUAGAAACAAUUUGAAAGGAAACUAUCUCCAGUCCUGAUCUCAGAACUGCAUGCUUCAGUCUCCACACUUGAGGAGAAGGUAUAGUGAAUCUAAUUUGAGUGGCCUUUUUGGCAUUUGCUUUCAAAACUGCAAGUCUUUGCACCUUUGGCCUUAUACAAGCUUUCCCCUUAUUUUCAUUUAGUAUUGUGUAUGUUGAAUAUGGCUGCCAACUUGUUUAAUGGAGUACACAUAAUACUUUAUUCAAUUUUUAAGAAUUGCUCUGCCUUACUUCUCUUUAGCAAACUUAAUUAUUUUUGUGAUGCUUAGUUGUAUCUGCUUAUACUGUAGGUUCAAAAGAAAGUUUGUUUAAACUUAUUUUUUAAAAUUAAUCAAAUUUUCAACAUUUUUAUACUAGGAUUAUUUGAAAUGCAUACAUUGAAAUCCAGAGCAAAGCAUGCCCUUCGCUAGUCUGUGGUAUGUACUGGUUUAUUUGCACUAAAGUCACUUCCUAUAAAGGUGUGAAAUAGAUUGCAGCAGUCUCUUUACAACCUAUUGGUCAUGCAGAAUACUUAUAUACUCUCACAUUUAAUUAAAAUGGAGAGGAAGUGACUGCAGAAAAAGAUACACACCUGGUAUGAGGGAAAAAAAAGAGGGUGGUAUUAAAUGAGAACAUUGUAAUACAUUCUUUAAGUACUUAUACUUGGUAUUUCUCAACUUACCAUCCAACAACUGUCAGGUUUCAAGCUAAGAAAGGCUACUUGAACUUUAAAAUUUAGCUAAUUCUUGCCACUCUUUAGUCCAUGUUUAAUUCUGGGUUUAAAGGCCACCACAAUUCCAUUAAAAAUACAAUUUUCUAUAGUAGCAGUUGGUUUUACUGUUAAGUAAAUUUUUGUGCAUUGCAUAGGAAUGAUCUCUUUUUUCCUUUCAAUGGAGAUCAACCAGAUGGAAAAGCAGAACAACAUCCCCAGUGAUCUGUUAAAUUAGAUAUUUCCUCUUUGCUCUCCAAAUCAUAACAAGUCAUCCAGUCCCAUCUUUUCUCUGCCCUCCUUCAUUUUUCAUAUACUAAAGGUGACUUAACCUCUUUGCCUUUCAUCUAGCUAAAUGCUUAACAUGCAAUUAAUCUCACUAUCCGAGUUUCUCGUCCACCAUUCAAAGAGAAACUUAAAAAUACCCAGAGAAAGCCCAACAGAAGGCAGUAUAUGAAAGUACAUAUUUAGGAAGGUGUAUCAGUGGCAAGGCAGUCUGCAUUUCAUAUGUGUGCUGUGCAGUGUCUUCCUCUCACUAGCCCGGAGUGAUCUUUAAACAGCAGGCACAAGGAGAAGGGGAACUAGAAACAGUACUGCCAGUCAGUCAUGCAGACAAGAACUGCCUUCAGAAAAGCCAUUGCAGGCAUAGACAAAUAGAUGGAUCAAUAUGGGAGGGCCAAAUCACUUGACCUAAGGCAAGAAAAAAUUCGGGAGCAUGCCCCUUUCCUAAAACAGGGAUCCCUAUUUGCUGUCAUCCAAGGGACAAUGACCACCUUCAAAACAUUUCUGAAAUUAACCAUGACACUGUUGCUCCUUUUUAAUCUUUCUGUGUACUUAAUUCAUAUAAAAUUAAUUUAUACCUAGUCUCUUCAUGGGCAAUUUUUUUUCUGUUCUAAUUGGUCGAAUUGCUAAUUAUGCAGAUAGAGAUUAGAAUACACUGUGAAAUAUAUACAGUGAGAUAUUUACAUGAUCUCUUAUUCUUCCUAUGAAAUAAAAUUCUCUUUUACUAUUGUAAUACAGUUUGAAGAAAACAACACACAGUACAUCCCAAAUUAACCACCUUAAAAAGGGAGAAAAUGACUGAAACAACUCUAAGAUCCUCAAUUCAGACUAAUUUAAAGGUUUGUAAGAUAAUCUUAUCACAUCAUUUCAUGCUUACAUUUUUUCAGAAUUUGAAGGAGUAUUUCACAAAGCACAUUUUUUACUACUUCUGAUGAAUUUUUCCCCUGUCUUGUACUUUCCCUGAUAAUUAGUGGUCGAAAGAUACCACCUCUUAAAAAUAGCAAAAAAGCCAAAUGUGGCAAAGCCAGUGAGUUUUGGUUGUUCAUACAAUUCCAUUUUAAAAUACAAAAUUAUUUUAUCUGUGUGUUCCCAUUUUUAAAUCAGGCCAAGUAUACAAUAUGCACUUUUUUUUUCAUGUUAAGUACACAGAAAUAUAAUCUAGUUCCAUCCUGUUAGCAUGUCAUACCUUUGUUAAAAUAAGGGGAUUCUGCUGAUGUUUGUUCAAAGGAAAAAAGAACAGUUGAGGCGGAAAUACUCAUAACAAUGCCUCUGUUCUUACUGUUCAAAAAUUCAAAAGUGUAUUAAAUAGAGAGUUCACGUGGACUUUUCCAUCUCUUUCAUGGGCACUGCAAGUUAGUAUUAAAAAUUUCCAUCUAAAAGAUGAACCUGUGCCACUAAAAAAUCGGGUAUCUUAUAUAAAUACUUUUGCUUGAUUAUUUUUAAAUAUAUACAUACAUAUAUAUAGAAAUUAUUCAAAAGAGUAACUGGAAAAAAAUUUUAACAAACCUAUUGACAAUUUGUAUCUGGAAUUUUUUCUUGCCAUUUCCUAAUUUUACACAUAUUUUUGCAAAGCAGUUUCAACAGAUUUAUACUUAGUCAUCAUUCUAUUUGUAUAAAAUGAUAAAUAAAAUAUUUUGAAACACUAAGAGAUAGCUGAAGAUUCUUAUAUGUCCACAUGCAUCCAUAAAAUUCACCUUGUUACAAAGAUGAGCAUUGUCUUAAGAUGUGUAUCAUGACAUUUGAACCCAUCUUGAAUGAUGAGUAAUUUGGAAUACAUGUUAAAUUUACGGAGAAAAGUUUUUCCCUUUUUUUCUUGUGUAUUGUGUUACAGCAGUUGUAGUUCUGAUGAAUUUAUCAUUCUGUCUGCAUGAGGCACUAUUUCUAAGUGUUCUGAGGCGAUGCAUGGUGGUUGUUGAUCCCUGUUUUUUAAUGCCUUCGUUAAAUGUCUGCUCAUAAUAUAUUGAGAAGCUAGUGCUGUGUAAGCAAAUGAGUUUGUCAGUUCAGCUUCUUUGGCAUUGGAUAUUUUCACUGGUUACAAAACUCCACGAAUGAGUUUCUCCUUCCCACCCUCUGCCCUCGCUCCCCCAGUUUCCUUGCUGUUAACCAAUAGAUCUUUAUUAAACAAAGGAAUAUUUUAGCAUUCCAAACCUGGUUCCAGCUUAUGCAAACCACUACUCUCAUAGGGCCCAACUGGACUGCUUGUGAGUAUAGGGACUACUCAUCUGAGCAAUGAUGUGCAAAUUUGGGCACUUUUGAGGGUGGAUACUGAAAUAAAAGUGUUUCCAUGUAGAGUGUGAUUUGUAAUUGCAAAGCUGUGACCAGAACAAGUCUGUUGUUUUUUUUUAAAGUCAUAUUUUAUGGUGUUUUUUUAAUGUAGCAUAGAAGCCAUAAAUGCAUUAAUAUUGUUUUUCUACUUCAACAUAAUUUUUCAUAACAAUUUUCAGUGUUUGAUAUGUGUUAACCGCUGCAGAAAGCGGUCAGUCUGAAACAGCAAAAUUUGCAUUCAAGAUGAAGUGAGGUUUUACAGCUCCACUAAGCCAUUACUGCUGAAACUGUUGUGGAAAUUAUGAAGCUGCAUGAAUGAAGAUUUUUUGACUCGGUGUUUAUGGUAGUUUCUCAGGUUUAGUUUUAACUGGAUGUUAAAUGCACUGUGUUUUGUAAAUAGUUCUUUUAGUAACACAUUCAGUUCUAUGCAGUGUUAAAUGUCAUUUGGCAUUUGGUGAAUGUGCAUGUUUUGAACUGCAAAUUUUAAAUGUUUUGUCAUUUAAUUGUUAAAAAUGAAUAAACUUUGCCAUUAAAUUAAGAA